AUGGGGAAGAAGACGAAGAAGCCAGGAAAAGGCAAAGAGAAAACAGAGAAGAAAACAGCGAAAGCUGAUGAAAAGAGAGCUCGCAGAGAGACCAAGAAGCUCUCGCCCGAGGAUGACAUCGAUGCCAUUUUGUUGAAUAUACAAAAAGAAGAAGCCAAGAAGAAGGAAGUCCAUGUUGAGGACAAUGUCCCAGCUCCGUCUCCGCGAUCAAAUUGCACGCUGAACAUAAAUCCCUUGAAAGAGACAGAGUUAAUCCUUUACGGGGGUGAAUUCUACAAUGGUAAUAAGACGUUUGUGUAUGGUGAUCUUUACCGCUACGAUGUUGAAAAGCAGGAAUGGAAGUUAAUUUCGAGCCCCAAUAGUCCACCUCCUCGUAGUGCACACCAGGCCGUGACGUGGAAGAACUAUCUUUACAUCUUUGGUGGUGAGUUUACUUCCCCAAACCAAGAGAGGUUCCAUCACUACAAGGACUUUUGGAUGUUGGACCUCAAAACGAAUCAAUGGGAACAACUAAAUUUAAAAGGGAGUCCAAGUCCACGCUCAGGUCAUCGAAUGGUAAUGUACAAGCACAAGAUUAUUGUUUUUGGAGGCUUCUAUGACACUCUUAGAGAAGUGAGGUACCAUAAUGAUCUCUAUGUAUUUGACCUUGAUCAGUUCAAGUGGCAAGAAAUAACUCCUAGGCCGGGUUCCAUGUGGCCAAGUGCCCGAAGCGGUUUUCAGUUUUUUGUGUACCAAGAUGAGAUUUUCUUAUAUGGUGGCUAUUCCAAAGAAGUUUCAUCAGAUAAAACUGGCUCUGAGAAAGGAGUUGUUCAUUCAGACUUGUGGUCUCUUGAUCCUAGGACUUGGGAAUGGAACAAGGUAAAAAAAAGCGGGAUGCCUCCUGGACCUCGAGCUGGGUUUUCUAUGUGUGUUCAUAAGAAGCGAGCUUUGUUCUUUGGGGGUGUGGUGGACAUGGAAGUUGGAGGUGAUGUAAUGAUGAGCUUGUUCUUGGAUGAACUUUAUGGUUUCCAAUUAGACAACCAUCGCUGGUACCCAUUGGAGCUACGGAAGGGGAAAUCAACAAAAGAUAAGGUAAAAAGGAGUUCUGGACGAAAACGCAACAGUGAUGAUAAGAUAACUUCAACUGAACCAGAGGAGUCUGUGGCAAAUGACAAAGAUGAUAAUUCAGAGAAUGAUGAAGAAGCGGAUGACUUGGAAAGCAAAAUUGAUGGUAUAUCGAAUCAAAUGGCUACAACCAUGACUGGUGGUAAUGGUGACUUAGCUGUCAAAUCUGAAGGAAAGCCACAGGAAUCUAGUUCUAAUUUGGAUUCGCAAAUUUCUGAUAUACCAGAGAUAGUGAAGCCCUGUGGACGUAUCAAUUCUUGCAUGGUUGUGGGAAGAGAUACCUUAUAUGUUUAUGGGGGAAUGAUGGAGGUUAAAGACCAAGAAAUUACACUCGAUGAUUUGUAUUCUCUUAAUCUUAGCAAACUUGACGAGUGGAAGUGCAUCAUACCGGCAUCAGGAUCUGAAUGGGUUGAGGUCUCUGAGGAUGAAGAUGAGGAUGGAGAUGAAGAUGAUGAUAGUGAAGAUGAAUGCAAUGAAGACAGCAACAGUGAUGAGACUGAUGAUGAUAAUGAUGAAGAGGGUGGGAAAGAUGGAUCCCUUCAAAUGGGAGAUGCUGUUGCUUUAAUCAAGGGCGAGGGAAGGGCUCUACGGAGGAAAGAGAAACGGGCCAGAAUAGAGCAGAUCAGAGCCAGUCUUGGCCUUUCAGAUUCACAAAGAACCCCAACGCCUGGUGAAUCUUUGAGAGAAUUCUACAAACGUACAAAUAUGUACUGGCAAAUGGCAGCGCAUGAACAUACUCAACACACUGGAAAGGAGCUCCGUAAGGAUGGUUUUGAUCUUGCUGAAGCUCGAUACAGAGAGCUUAAACCAAUUCUUGAUGAGUUGGCCAUUUUAGAGGCAGAGCAGAAGGCUGAAGAGGCAGAAGCUUCAGCUGAAACUAGCACGAAAAAGAGAGGCAAGAAGAAACGAUAA